GGUUUAUGUUUGCAGCCCUAGUUGUUGAUCUUUGAGCCUUGGUUCACUCGGGCUGUUCACUGAAACUCAGACGCAGGAGGAGUCAGCAAGCACCAGCGAAGCAUGGCAAGACUGCUCUGGGCUACAUCCCUUUUCCUGUUGCUUCACCCCACAGCCGCUCAAACUCCAGUGUUUGUGACUCAUGAAAAGGCCAAUAACCUCCUAGCACGACAGAGGCGGGCAAACAGCUUUCUGGAGGAAAUUAAAGAAGGUAACGUGGAGAGAGAAUGCAUUGAAGAAAGGUGCUCGAAAGAAGAAGUGAGAGAAAUCUUUGAAGAUGACCGCCGAACUGAUGAAUAUUGGAAUAAGUAUGUGGACGGCGAUCAGUGUGAGUCCAACCCUUGCAGGAAUGGGGGCAUCUGUCGUGAUAAUGUUAACCGGUAUGAUUGCCAAUGUCCAAAAGGUUACCAUGGCAGCAACUGCGAGAUUGAUGUUCCACAGCUCUGCAACCUAGACAAUGGAGGCUGCCAGCAUUUCUGUAAGGUCCAAAGGGAACAAGUCAGGUGCUUCUGCGUCAAUGGCUUUGUACUUCACGCAAACAAGAAAUCCUGUAUUCCGCAAGUUCCUUAUCCUUGUGGGACCAUCAUAAAGAACAGAGUCCGAAGAUCAGAUUUCGAUGGUGACUCUGUGUUAGCUAACAGCACUGCGCCGACAGCCAGCACUGCAUCAAACAGCACCAGUGACCAAUCUAUUGCGCCAACCCACAACUCUAACCCCGCUGACCAAAUUGUAAGGAUUGUGGGUGGACAAGAUUGUCCCUUGGGACAAUGCCCAUGGCAGGUUCUUUUAGUCGAUGAAAAUGGCAAAGGGUUUUGUGGAGGUACAAUUCUGACUGAGACUUUGGUGGUGACUGCAGCUCAUUGUCUGAACGAAACAGCAACCAUCACUGCUGUUGUUGGUAACUAUCCUUUCCUAAACUUCCUCUUUGAUUUCCAAUUUAAAUAAACUCAAUUUUACCAAGAAACAGUGAAGUAAUUCUCCAA